CCGACCGCUACGCCUGAACAAGCUCCGUGCGCUCCUGCCAUUCGCUUCACCAGCCCGACCGCUCCACCUGAACAACCUCCGUGCGCUCCUGCCGUUCGCUUCACCAGCCCGACCGCUCCACUUGAACAACCUCUAUGCCGCUCCUGCCAUUCGCUUCACCAGCCCGACCGCUCCACCUGAACAACCUCCGUGCGCUCCUGCCGUUCGCUUCACCAGCCCGACCGCUCCACCUGAACAACCUCCGUGCGCUCCUGCCGAUCGCUUCACCAGCCCGACCGCUCCACCGGAACAACCUCCGUGCGCUCCUGCCGUUCGCUUCACCAGCCCGACCGCUCCACCUGAACAACCUCCGUGCGCUCCUGCCGUUCGCUUCACCAGCCCGACCGCUCCACCUGAACAACCUCCGUGCGCUCCUGCCGUUCGCUUCACCAGCCCGACCGCUCCACCUGAACAACCUCCGUGCGCUCCUGCCGUUCGCUUCACCAGCCCGACUGCUCCACCUGAACAACCUCCGUGCGCUCCUGCCGUUCGCUUCACCAGCCCGACCGCUCCACCUGAACAACCUCAGUGCGGUCCUGCCGCUCGCUUCACCUGUUCGUCCGGAAACUGGGUCUGGUCUUGAAAAUAGUAAUAGUUAGGUGAUGGAGGGAGAGACCACGGCCAUGGCGGCGAGUGUGGACCCGGCGUUCAGGAUCAUCCCGAGACACGCCACUGCCUUCCUCGUCUGGCGCAUAGAGAACCUGCAGGUGGUGGCGGUGCCGAGAGACCAGCACGGCGUGUUCCUCGACUGCGACUGCUACCUCGUGUACGCCGCCUCCGAGUACGGCAAGCCUUCUGGCACUGACGCCAAGGCGGCGGCGGGCGGCCCGGAGGCGCACCUGCACGUGUGGCUGGGGGCGCGCGCGCCGCUGGACGAGGCGGGGGCGGCGGCCUUCAAGGCCGUGGAGCUGGACGAGCUGCUGGGCGGCAGCUGCGUGCUGCACCGCGAGGCGCAGGGCGGCGAGUCGGCGCGCUUCCGCUCCUACUUCCGGUCCGGCCUCAGGGUGCUGUGCGGGCCGGGCCACUUCGCGGACAGGGCGGGUCCCAGCCUGCACCGCGUGAAGGGGCGGCGCUCCCCGGUCGUCACCCAGCUGCCCGACGUGAGCUGGGACCACUUCAGCAGCGGCGACGCGCUUCUGCUGGCGGGCAAGGACGCGGUGUUCGUGUGGCUGGGCCGAGCCGCCGACCCGCGCGAGAAGCUCAACGCGGCCAAGGUGGCGGCGCGGCUGCGCGACGAGAACGGCGCCCGCGCGGUGUUGUUCGUGGAGGACGGCUCGGAGCAGCGCCUGCAGGGCGCGGAGCGGCUGCUGUUCAACCGCGCGCUCGACCUGAAGGCCCGCCGCGUCGCUCCGGCCCCCGACACGCAGCGGCCAGACGCCUCGGCGCGCGCCGUUCUCACCCUGUACCGCUGCUGCGACGAGGAGGGACUCUACAAGGUUGUGGAGAUCAAGUCGGGCCCGCUGUGCCAGGCCGACCUCUCCCCGGAGGACUCGCACAUCAUCGACCACGGGCUGCUGGGCAUCUGGGUGUGGGUGGGGCGACGCGCGCCGCCCAAGGAGCGCGUCGAGGCAAUGCGCAACGCCCACGGCUUCGUUACCAAGAAGGGCUACCCCGGCACCACGCCGGUGACUCGCGUGGUGGACGGCGCCGAGCCGCCCGAGUUCAAGGUGCUGUUCGACUCGUGGAGGGACCGGGCGGUCCCCUCCCACGCCCACAAGGCCAGCCCAGGGCGCGUGGCGCUGACGGUGCACACCCGCCUGGACGCGGCAUCGCUGCUGGCGCGGCCGUGCCUGGCCGCCGAGUCGCAGUUGCUGGACGACGGCAGCGGUCGGCGCCGCGUGUGGCGUGUGGCGGGGGGCCCUGGACUGCGCGAGGUGCCACCACACCUGCACGGCCUGCUCUUCUCCUGCGACUGCUACCUCGCGCACUACGCCUACUCCGCCGGCGCCGAGGAGCGCCACGUCGUCUACUGCUGGCUGGGUCGCGAGGCCCCGGAGGAGCACGGACUGCUGGCCGCGCAAGAGUCCGCGCAGCUUGACGAGCAGCUGAGCGGCGCGGCCGUGCUGGUCCGCGCCGUGCAAGGCAAGGAGCCGCCCCACUUCCUCGCGAUGUUCGGUGGCUGCAUCGUCGUCUUCCAGGGCAGCUCGGCGACAGGUGGGGGAGAGAAUGAUGGGGAGAGACAUGUGCCGGAAUCUUUUCUCCUGCAAGUUCAGGGCAACCAAGUGCAAAACACCAAAGCCAUUCAGGUGGAGCUACGUGCUGCCUCGCUCAACACCAACCACGUGUUCCUGCUGAAGAGCGCCGGGAGCGGCAACUUCCUGUGGUUCGGCAAGGGCUCGACCGGGGACGAGCGCGAGAUGGCCAAGAAGGUCGCCAGCUUCGUGCUCAGCGGGAGCUACGAGGUGGUGUACGAAGGGCAGGAGAAGGCCAGCCUGUGGGAGGCCAUCGGGGGCAAGGAAGAUUACGACAGGAAGAAGAAAAAUGCAGACUCCAGUAACUUUGCGAUUGCACGUUUGUUCCAGUGUUCCAAUGCCUCUGGAAGUUUUACAGUGGAGGAAAUCCUCGGCUUCGCGCAGUCCGACCUGAUCCCGGAGGACGUGAUGCUGCUGGACACACGAGGGGUCGUGUACGUCUGGAUCGGCCGGGCUUCGAGCAAGGACGAGAGCGAAGGCGCCGUCGACUCUGCCGCGGAGUACCUGCGAACAGACCCUGCGGAUCGAGAUGAGGAUACUCCUAUUGUGCUGGUGAAGCAAGGAUUCGAACCACCGACCUUCACCGGGUUUUUCCCGACGUGGGACCCAACAAUGUGGAAUGACUGGAAGACGCUGGAGGAGCUGCGAUGCGAGCUGGAGGGCGGAAACCCGGAGCUGACGCUGGACUCCCAGCUGGUUGACGGGGAGCGCUGCUUCGAGGACUUCCCCAAGCACCCGGCGGAGGCCCUGCGCGUCGGAGCGGAGGAGCUGCCCCCCGACGUCGACCGCACCCGCAGAGAGCUGCACCUGACCGGCAAAGAGUUUGUCGAAGUGUUUGGCAUGACCUACGAGAACUUUGCAGUGCUACCACUCUGGAAACAGCAAAACCUCAAGAAAGCUGCCAAGCUGUUCUAGUGCUUGAAGGAUGCUGAGCUGUAUCUCGCAUGAAACAAGAAACCAUACAUUCAAUGCCAAAUACUACUGCGUUGUAGUCCAAAUAUUCCAAGCAUAGUAUUCCAAAAUAUUUAAGGAGUGCACCUGCCAAAGUAUUUAUAUAUAUAUGUAUAUUUUUAUAAAUAUUUACCUAAAUUUACCUUAUACAUUUACCAUUUAAUUUACUAUAUAUUUAACAAGAACUACAACUGCUUUGAAGGUAGAUGUAUGAGAUUAUUUAAUGUCACUAAUGCUUGUGAACAUUUUUUUCAUUUCAGAAACAUACACAAUAGCUAUUUAUUUUAGGCCUGUGUUAUUUGUAUGAUAAAUAAGUAUGUGAUUAUUGAUGUUAAAGAUGUUUUAUUAAAAUGUUGUCAACACACCUAGUCAACUCAUUUACAGUUAAAAAUAAAACUCAAACUUUUUCUUGCAUUAAUUCCUGUACGUUUACAAAAAAAACUAUUGCCUGUUGCGAUACUUCCUUAAUUCACAAUGUUUUUGUUUCUAUUUCUACUUGUUAUGCCAUUUAUGUUAUUCGGUCAACUAUGAAACACUGCUCAAAGAAGUGUGUCCAGCCAUUCCUUUGUCCAUCUAAAUGAUGUGUUUCGUUUGGAACAGACAAUGCGGAACUCACUCUUUAAUCAGAGCCGUCAAGGUUGGCGGAGGGGAAGGAGAACAAAAUCCCUGGGGCCCAGCUGAGUUUCCAGAUUGUUUCUGACGCAUGAGUUUACCCUGAGAAUAGGACGAAAUAACAAGUCCAUUGGCUAAUAGAAUGCAUAGAAAACCUUAGCUCCAUCUCUGAUUCCAGCCAACCUGGAACACCGUCAUACGGCUCCAGCCAGAUCACACUAGUGUGGGCCAGCGGUCUCGUGUGUGUUUUUAUCAGCAACAUGUCUCAACAACAGAGUAUAAUGUGGCCUGAGACAGAAUCAUAAGAAGGAUGUCAUGUUUCAGGGUUUCUAUAAAUAUCUAGUGAGCCAAUAGAAAGCUAAAACCUUUCCAGGGGUAAUUUACACAUGAUUAAGUUGACAAUCUCCAACUAUUUAUACUUAACGUGCAACUAUUAACUGAGUUAGGCAUCAAAAAUUAAGACCAAGUUAGCUAAUGGCCGUUGAAGAUAACGUUUCUGGACUUCUAGCACCAUUACAGAUUAUUUGGGGACUUUUUUCCAUGACUUUCGUAACAAGUCCUUCAUUUUCCUUAGUUUUCCGUGGCUUUUGAGACUUUUGCCACCUGCAGUCAUUGCAACUUGUAGUACAAAAAUCCACACACAGAAAUCCAAUUUUAUUUUUAUUUUUUACUUCAGCAGACUGAAAUAUACAAUUAUUAAGAUUAACACUUGUUACACAUUUUUGCUUUAGGGUAUAAUGACACAUCCAUACAUCUGCUAUCUAUAAAAGAGAUUCUAUUAAUGUACAUGAUAACAAUUCAGACUGCACAGAAAAAAUUUAUAACAUUUCAUAUUUUUGGUACUUGUAAGCUGCAGCUUUGAAGUUAACAUGGAUGUUACUAAACAUUUCAUAAACACUAAAACAUGCAUAAUUAUGUUUAGGCAUACAUUUACCAUUUUCAUUCUGUAUUUAUUAUUUAAAUUUAAACUCAAAUGCAAUUACAAAUAAUUAAAGAACAAAUAACUAAAGUGUACAUGUAUGCAAUAACAGCAUAGAUUUUUUUUACAAUUAUGAUAUUGCUAUACAUCAUAGUUAUCAACACUUGGAAUAAUUAAUUAUGAACUGACAUAAAUCUCAUUUCAUGCUCUAAAAUGAAACAAUGUCACAAGUUCCACCGCCGAAGGAUGUUGCAUUAGAAGAGGCCAACUUUCUUUUUCAAAGUUUGCUGCUUCCAUCCGGGCAGUUUGGCAAACUCCUCCCACUUUAUGCCGAAUGUGUCGACAAACUGUUGCCUCGACAGAUGCACCUACACGAAAAAAGCAAACAGUAUCUUUGCACAUUCAACAGCAGUGGCAAUUGUUAAAAUUUAUGCAUGUGGAGUCUGUAAUACAAUUAGUUUUUUUAAUGCAAAAUAUAUUUGUGACCUUGUAGUUUGCCAUACAUAGUUAAUAUCCUCUUAAGAAAAUUUCCUCCAUAAUAAGUUUAAAAAAAUUUAGCGCUUGACCUGUUAACACAUUAAAUAUUACCCUUUUAUCCCUUUACAGAAAUUUAAUCUAGGUCAAAACCAUUUGAUCACAACCACUACAAAUACGAAAACACAAAAGCAAAUGAUGCGAGAACUGACUCCAGUUGAGAAUAAAAUUUCUCAAUAACUUUCACAAGUCAGAAGCUAAAGCAGUAUAGACAAAAAAUAAUACAUACUGUACACAGAUUGCCUGAACUUGUCCCCUUUCGCAUCAGAAGUGAUGCUACUUAUUUCAGGGUAGCUGAACCACUACAAAAAUGACAGCAAAUACUUUAUGCAAGCAUUUCAUCACAGACAGGAAGAUCAUAAUACCAGCCACUAGAGCAAAAGACCAAGGGCCACAAUUCAAUCAGCACAAAGCCCAUACUUCUCCCAUCUGAUUUCAUAUGAAACAUCAAAUCAGAACGCCCGAUCAUUGGCAAACCUAGGGACAUCAUUGUAUGGUGAGCGAUAAUACUGAAACACCGUAAUUCAUGUCAAUACACCAUAUAUCACCUAAAUUCAAGUAAAUACAUAAUCAAGCCCCAAAUUUAAAUGCUAAUCUUGAAAUCAAUAGAAUUUAAACAAAAUUUUAAAUUCAAGUUAUAAAAAUUUUAUCACAGAAAAUAAUCAUAAAAAUAUACAAAAAUUAAUGGGUAUAAUUUCUUAACCAUGAAGUUCAUACCAAUAUGUAUGAACCAAAUGAAUCAGGAAAAUGUAUUGUUUAUGUUGUUGGAACAUGCACCUCUUACUAAUACUGACGUCGACCCAAGUGUCUCCUCGGCUCCUUCAGGCCGUUAUGCCUCGUCAACGUCCUCCCUUGCGAUACGAGUGCACCAUCUGUGUAGUGCGAUGGCCAGGGACGCACCCGCGUGUGCCCUAGCAUGCCAGUGAGCUUCUUUGUGUGUAAAUAAUUCUGUGUUUUAUAUAUUUUUUUCCAAAUGGUCACGAGCCUCGAUAACUGUGGAUAUUUUGUAAUCAUAACUAAUUAACUGAUGUGUAAAUUCGCUGUUUGAUUAAUGUCUCGCUAAGUUGUGUAAAUAAUUUUGUAACUUUUCUCAAAUGUUUCGCAGUGCUAGUAAUGUAGCCGCAGCCUGGCGCGUCGCGGGGUGGGGCUUCUCCCACGCCGGCCGAUUUCUCCUCCCCUCCUCCGCGGCCCGCUGGCGGGCGGGGAAGGGCAGUGUUGUUCAGGGCGCGAUCGUAGACAGACGUGUACGCCGCUCCGCGCUGCUCGCGAGGCGCGUCUUCUGAGCUCGAGGUCCAACGACAGUGUAACUGCACGGGUUGUCGCGGCAGCUGAGCUGCAUCCGUCGAGUCGCUCACCCAGUUGAGUUUUACGAGUCUUACGAGUAACGUCACCAGUCGAACGUUCGAGAACGCGUAAGCGCAGUUACGAACCGCCGAACUUUCACCGUCAGUACGAGACUUUUACGUAACGGGCCGCGCACGUUUUGCGCAUCUUUGCGGAGCAACCUUAAUCGGGGACAUUGUUAUGUGGGAGAAUUUCCAGUUUGUGCCGGGACGUGUUAACGGACGGGACGGUCUUCCGGGAGUCCGGGUCGCCGCGGGAAGGGCGCUCGUUCCGCGACGGGUCCGUCAGGCUGCGGCAGGCUCUCAAAACGACAAUAAAAGGGGCUCGUGGAACUGUUAA